UUUUAAACCAGUGUGACUAACUAACGAGUAACGACUAGUUGCGAAUAUUACGGAUCUAAUCUAAAGUGGGUGAAGAGGAAGAAAAAUGGAGGAACAGCCGCAUCCUUACGUGCCGAGAGAUCUGAAACUCCCGGAUUAUGUGCCUGUACUCCUUCCUCAAUCCACCAUUCUUAGUGUCUAUGGAAUCUCUUCCCUCGUCGUCGUUUCCCUCGUUUGGAUCCUUUCUGGAAGGUUAUCUAAAACAGCAAAAAUUGAUAGAAUUCUUAUGUGUUGGUGGGCUUUCACUGGUCUCACACAUGUAAUUCUUGAGGGUUAUUUUGCUUUCUCUCCUGAGUUUUACAAGGAGAAGACUCCAUUUUACCUUGCUGAAGUUUGGAAAGAAUAUAGUAAAGGUGAUUCAAGAUAUGCAGCGAGGGAUGCCGGAAUAGUUUCUGUGGAAGGAUUGACAGCAGUACUAGAGGGUCCAGCUAGCCUUCUAGCAGUCUAUGCUAUUGCAACAAAAAAGUCAUAUAGUUACAUUCUCCAGUUUGCAAUUUCUCUUGGACAGCUCUAUGGAACCGCUGUAUAUUUCAUAACUGCGUUCUUGGAAGGCGACAACUUUGCUGCAAGUCCAUAUUACUAUUAUGCUUACUAUAUUGCUGCAAAUGCUUCAUGGGUUGUUAUACCAUCGAUCAUUAGUAUCCGUUGUUGGAAGAAGAUUUGUGCAGCAUUUGAAGCUCAAGGCCAGAAGAAGACCAAAACUCGCUGAUAUAGACACGCAGUAUCCCCACUUGCGGACACUCAAAUAAGGAUACGUGGUUUCAGUGCUUUUUACAUUUGAAGAUUUUAGCAAUUUGUGUAAACAGUUAUGUAGCCUUCAACAAUAUUUUGACUGCACAGGGAUUAGCAAAUGCAACUUUUCUAAAAUUUUCAGCAGAUGGACUCUCAACAUUCAGCA